UCUUCUAAAGUUUUUUUGUCAAAAAUUUUAGGGUUGGGAGAUUCUUAUUUAUUUUUGUUUCAAUUAAAAUGUACAGUAGACCCGGUUGCAUGCAUUAUACAGCUAGCCCAGUACUCUUCAGUGUCCAAACGAGGACGUGCAAAGUUGACCUUGCCGUCGCGGCAUGUUGGUAGAAGAAGAAAAAUACAAACGGAAAAAUCGGCUCUUAUGCAAAGAAGGAAAAUGUGGCCAGUCAAUGGGCAAAAAAGUGGACAGUGAAAUUUUGCAUACUCAACAAAAAAGCAGAGAUUUCACACUCCUGAAAUAAGCAUGAGGGUCAGCAAGGAAUUUUUAGUUUGAUUUCUUUCUCAAUAAAAAGAUUUAGGGUCGGCGCAAUUUGCUAGGCUGGGUAGGUAACCAGAAGCACAACUAUUUUUUUGUUUGGCCUUAUGCCUGUUCACGCCAUCUCUAACCUGGUGCAAUCAGUUGGAAAUGGUUCCUGGCACCAACAGUUGGGUACCAGGUUCUAAUAUAUACCUCAAGUCCACAGUGCCGUUGUAAUCUCACAGUAUUCUCUCCUCUGCCUGAAUCUUCCUCAGUUUGUUUUCGGAUUGCCAGCCAGCCUCGGUGGACAUGAAACUAGUAUUUGUGAGGGUUUGAGCAGUGAGGUACCCAUUACAUCUACAAAUUCAUUUGCUUUGUAUGCUUUGAAUAAUUACGGACCGUAUUUUUGGGGGACAUUUAAGUCUGUUCUCCUCUUGUGCAAAAAGCAAUCAUGGCUACUGUGUUUGAAUACACUCGCACUUUAAAAAGUUGUUUGCUCUCAUACAUUUAUUUGAGAAAUACUCUUUGAUUGCUUUGCUGCUAGGAUUUUAGUUUCCCGCCCCCUUUUUUGUUUUAAUGUAUCCAUAAAUUUGUUUACAAUCAUUCUCAAGCUAGGCUUGCAGGUGAUAUAACUUCACAAAAUUUACACAUUUGUUCAGAAAGUCUUGACCACCUUGCCUGUUUACCUAAACAGAGGAAACACUUUCAGCUUGAUACUGCAUAAUACUGACACGGGAGUGUGCAUUUGUUAAGCACUAGCAUCUGGUUUCCUAGAAGCAUGGCCAACUUUCAUGGCUCUACCAAAGACAGAAAAAAUUGGCUUAGAAUUUUUAAGAGCAGAAUGUGUGCAUGGUUUGUUAAACCAGGUAUUGCAUUUUCUGUCAGCACAACAUUCUCUGCUAUAGUAAGCAGAGAUUUUUUUGUUUUUCAGUAAAGCAGAACCAUGAAACUGAGCCAUGGUCACCAGUCAUUUUGAUUGUGAGUGGUUGGCAGGUAAAUUUGCCUAGAAAUAUUCACUGCUUUGGAACUUUAUAAAAUUGGAUUCUCCUAGGAGGUAUAUUUUUUAGUGGAUCUGGGUUUAUGUUUUUAAGGAAUUCCUUGAUUCUGAACAGAAGAUACCAGGCUCUUUAAAUGUUCAUUGUAUUUAUUUUGCUAUGGUGUAUUUGUAAAUAAAUAUUUCAGCAGUGAGGUCACACUGAUCUUCGAUCAUGUCACACUUAGGUCAACUGACAAAAUCCCUUGUCCCAUAAAAUCCAGGAGGUAUCACUGAUUACUGUGAUGAAGGAAUUCUGAAUCUGUGAAGUUUAUUCAGUGGGUUGCUCUUCCCACCUUUUGAACUGAACAUUUGUAUUAAUGAAAGCCAGUGAUGAAAGGAUCGGCAAGUAUGCACAUCAAAUUUCAACAAGGACAGGAAAAGGACAUCCAGUGUAGUCUUUGUUUUUCUUUAACCCUAGCAGUCGUCAAUCAUCCAAUGUCAAUAUGAUUUUACAGACCCAGGGGGUCUGUGAUGAGUGCACUCGGAGCGGUAACAGGGAUUGACGAACACACAGAAAAUGAAAGGAAUGACUGUCAUUCAUUUAGACCAUUGAUUGACUGAUGAUGGCUUUGUGGAAGCUUGAAAUCUGAGCUCUGCUCAAGAAGUUUUGGGGGGGUGUGGGUAAGAAUUUUAGAUUAAAUUCUAUUUUGUUUACAUUAGGUGUUCUAUUCUAGUGGAAUAAAGGAGCAGCCUGAGAAGGGUGUAAUAUUACUGUUAGAUGGGCCGUAUUUCCUGGCAGUUUUUUAAAUAUGUAUGAAAUUGUGAAUCAACGAUGGCACAUGCCUUAGCUCUGCUCUUUAUUUUAUGUCAUGUCUUAAAUUUGAAUUCCCUUUUAAAAUUUAAUUCUUAACCAUUAAAUUCUACUGUGGAGCCUGAGGUUUGCCAGUCUUAUAGGUCUUAUUGGUGACCUGCCUUAGUCUUCUCCUUGUGUUGCUUUCAUGGUAGGCUGAAUAUGACAUUGCCUAAAUCUGGCUCCUGGGUGCAAAUGAAUGUAAACCUAACGGCAGCAUUGACUGAGUUGGUGAGAAUGUUUGUGUGAGAUGGUGGACAUAUUUUUAACAUUCAAAAUUGGAAUUUCACUGAAUUGAAACAUGCGAAUUGUAAGUCCCACGCCUCAUAAGGCUGAUGCCUCAAAAGUCUGAAUUUUCAGACUUAAGAGGCAUCAGAUCUAUCGGCUGAAAUAAAUAAAGAAUCAUUGGACUUUUUGAGGCGCUUGACUUAUGGACUUUUUUAAUGCAUUUUUUUGGACUUACAGGGCGUCGAACCUUUGAGGCAUCAGACUUAUGAGCUGACCCCAUUAAAACAGUCACAGUUGAAAAAAAUUGGUUGGGGAUUUUAUUAUUGGGGAGGGAACCUACUUAAACUUAUCGAUAUAGAUUUGUUUUUAUUAUUUGCAAGUCUCGUUCUUCGGUUAUUUGAAAAAAGGGUAAUUAUUGAGUUGGUCAUUCUUUGGUUGAAGUCAUCUUGGUUUUUGAGGUAUACAUUUGGUAUAUUAAACAUUAUAAAUGUAGAAUUGUUUUAAGAAUAAAAGCUGACAAACGACUGCUUGAAAUUAUGAUGAGCAAUUUCUUUGUGACUGUGUGAAUGUAACUUGAUCAAUCAGUGCACUUCCGGGAUAACUGGAAUCCAGUUUAAUAAAUUGUCCUUAUUGCAAAUUGUGUUCAAAGAUACAGGUCGGCCCUCUAACUUACUUGUAGGAACAUUUAUUUGCAGAUGCAUAAACCCACAUGUUGACCGUUUAAUGUCUCAGAUUAUAUUCCACAUCAAUUUUUUUCUUUGUUCAUGCUGACGAGGGAAUUUAGCUGCUGCAGUUGGGAAUGAUUUUUCUCUGGUUAAAAAUAAAGGAAAUACCUGUUUUGAAAAGAGAAGAGGCAGGGUUAGCAUGCAGAUAUAAUCCCCCAUCAACAUUUGGAAUUCCCUGUUACUUGUUCAAAUGUUAUGGUUACUUUGUUUGAUAAUGAAACCAAUGACAACCAAAAUGCAUCAUUCCAAGUCCCUGGUCUGUUGAACUAUUGACGUGCAAAGAGUCCAUGCCAGCAACGAACUCCCCCACACUCACCUCCACCCGCCCCCGUCUUUCGUGAAACUUGCACGCACGUGCGUGUAUAGCGCCCUCACCAUUAAUUGGUUGGAGUGGCGGGUUCCACUCCUUCAACAACAUGAAAGAUAAACACUGGCAAUGGAUCGAAACAGGGUACCCGAACGCCGCCAACUAGAUGGAUUUUUUUCCCCAUUCACUCAUGGUCCCAUUGUAAACUCGAACAGGAGGUCGGCUGGUGCAUUCAACGUUGAAUGAAGCGUGAGCGACCGGGUACGUACACGAAAGUACACGGAUGUGUGCACCGUUCUGUGCUGGCACGGGAAGGGAUACCGUCACUACCUCUUGCGUGGCACUCGUUGUAUCGUCGCCGUUGUUGUCAUCGGUGAUCACUGCACAUGGUGUGUUCAAGGCUUGGACCGGACCUGAGAGAGUCUAGCAGAGGAGUUCAAGGCACAUUGCUGUUGCGCUGAGAUAGAGGUACAAGCGGCCUGAUAAACGGUCUCGAACAUGAUGCGACGAAAGUCUCGGUUAAUCCUGUUGAUGGCAGUGGCCUGGGUUGUGGGCAUGUACCUGUACCUGCACACUUCGCCGGACGACGAGGAAGUGCCAAAAGAAGCAGCCAAGCGGUUUAAAUUCAUUGCCGAGGAUUCUGGAAAGGGAGGGCUGAAUGGUGGGCACCAGCAGGGCCAGCCACUCGAGCCGGACAAAUCCUGGCAGAACUUUGACCAGAAGGCGUACAUUGCUAAGACCCUGGUCAAGAAGGGACAGGAUGCAUACGCCAGGAACAAGUUCAACCAACAGGAGAGCGAUAAACUCAAGAUGGACAGGAAUGUUCCAGACACCAGACAUUCACUAUGCAGAAACAUUGACUGGCACCAUGUACUACCAGCCACAACCGUUAUAAUUACAUACCAUAAUGAAGCUAGGUCAACAUUACUACGAACAGUUGUCAGUGUUCUCAGAAAAAGCCCUCCGGAACUGAUAGACGAAAUUAUUUUAGUUGAUGAUUACAGCGAUGAUCCACAAGACGGGCAACUUUUAUUGGGGAUUGAAAAAGUAAGGCUGAUCAGAAAUGAAAGGAGGGAAGGCUUGAUUCGAUCCAGAAUAAAAGGUGCUGAUGCAGCCUCCAGCAUGGUGUUAACCUUUCUGGACAGUCACUGUGAAUGCAAUGAGAAUUGGCUGCAGCCCCUGCUGAAGAGAAUACAAGAGAAUUAUAAAGCAGUGGUUAGUCCUAUCAUCGAUGUCAUCAACAUGGACAAUUUCCAGUACGUGGCAGCAUCAGCCGACUUGAAGGGUGGAUUUGACUGGAAUCUUGUUUUCAAAUGGGAUUACAUGACGCCCACGGAGAGGGCUAGUCGAAGAUCCAAUCCCAUUGCACCAAUAAGGACUCCUAUGAUAGCUGGGGGACUGUUUGCAAUCUCCAAACAGUGGUUUGAGGAGUCAGGAAAAUAUGACAUGAUGAUGGAUGUAUGGGGUGGAGAAAAUUUAGAAAUCUCGUUUCGGGUCUGGCAGUGUGGGGGGACGUUGGAAAUCAUCCCUUGUAGCCGGGUUGGCCAUGUGUUCCGCAAGCAGCAUCCUUAUACAUUCCCUGGAGGGAGCGGUAAUGUGUUUGCAAGGAACACAAAACGAGCAGCAGAGGUUUGGAUGGAUGAGUAUAAACAGUUUUAUUAUGCCGCCGUGCCUUCAGCCAGAAACGUGCCCUAUGGAAGUAUAAAGUCUCGAGUCGAGCUGCGGGAGAGACUAAAAUGCAAGCCUUUCAGCUGGUAUCUCGAAAAUGUAUAUCCAGAGUUGCGAGUACCGGAUAAGCAGGAUUUGGCCUUUGGCGCAAUCCAGCAAGGGUCAAUGUGUAUGGAUACGCUAGGCCACACAGAAGAUGGUACACUAGGGUUGUAUGAAUGCCACAACAGCGGUGGCAAUCAGGAAUUCUCCUUCACCAAAGAGAAAGUGAUCAAACACUCUGAACUGUGCCUGACGGCAACGGACAGUAUGUCAGGUGCCAGGGUGCUACUAAAAAGUUGCAAAGGUUACCAUAGUUACCAGAAAUGGGAACAAGCAGAAAGCAACCGCGUUUUCAAGCUGCAAGGUACCAACCUGUGCUUAGACAGCCGAGAUGUCAAAACGAUAGGACUGACGGUCCACACUUGUGAAAGGAGAGCCAUCACUCAACAGUGGAAAUUCUCCAUGGGCAGCUUAAGACAUUGACAGUAACAAACCAUCUAAGUUUUGUGUUGGUGUGUGUGGGUGUGCUAACCUUACAUACCUAGUGUGGACUUUUGAACAAAAGAUGUCCACACGAUGCAGGAAGGAAAGACGUUCUGUGGACUCACUUCCACAGGAUGUUUCCCCUACUCUGAAAAAGAAGUUUAGAGGCAUUUUGGGUUAACGUUAUCUGUAGUAAAAGGAAGAGGAAUACUGAAGGAA